AUGGCGACGCCGACACCGCGCAUCGGAUUAGACCCAGAGAUGUCGUUCGAGGAAACGACACUUGAUACUGAAACGCCGCCAAACUACGAGUAUGUAAACACAGAUCGUUUGCUAAGACAUACGAGUACUAUCCAAACAAAUAUUCAGCCUAUGACGAUAACGAGCGAGCAAUUCAACGAGUUCAAGGACGAAAUGAGAAAACUAAUUACUUACUUUAAUGUUUCUCAACAAAGAGAAAUAGCCGGCAUUAAAACGACUUUAAGCCAGAUUCAGCAGUCCAAUCAAAAUAUAGAAAGCUCUAUUAAUUCGCUGCAAAUACAAAAUGAGGAGUUUAGAAACCAAAUUUCACAGUUAGAAAGUCACAUGAAAGAUGAUAGAGAGUACAUUCUGUUUCUAGAAAAUAAAUUAGAGGAGAUGCAGACAGGAUGCCGAAAAACGAAUUUUGAGAUCAAAAAUGUACCUAAAAAAGAUAACGAAACAAAACAGGACCUAAUUGAAAUGGUAACUUGCCUGUCUGAGACUAUCGACUGUAAAAUUAGCAAGUCAGAUAUUAAAGAUAUAUACAGGGUGCGCGGAAAAAGGACCGAAGUUAAAAAUACGCCCAUUGUUAUUGAAACAAACUCUGUGUUGAUUAAGUCUGACUUUUGCAAGAUGGCAAAGUCUUAUAAUAUUAAAAAUAAAACGAAACUAUGCGCGAAACAUCUGGGAUUCAAAACACAAGAAGACACUCCCGUAUUCUUAUCGGAACACCUGACACCAAAAGCCUCGCGCCUACACUUUCUGGCUCGGGACCUAGCCAGAUCGAAGCACUACAAGUUCUGCUGGACCUCAUACGGCAAGGUCUACGUGCGGAAAGACGAACAAGCUCCAGUCAUAUUGAUUAGAAGCGAAGAGCAGGUUCACCGGCUCCUACAGGAAGACUGA